AUGGGAAGCGUCGUGCUUCUCGUCUCACUGCCCUACGUCCUGGCUGCUCGGUGUGGCGUGGACAGCUGCACCGACGCCGUCCUCGAAACGCUCGCCCGAGAUCUGACCGCCAACUACAAGGGCUUCUCAUCGUGCGAGUCUCGCAUGAACUGGGUGAAGAGCAACACCGGUCGGACAGAGGUGGAGGCUUGCGAAAAGCCCUUGUGCGACUGGUCGACGCACGACUACAAGCUCGUGGGCACCGAGAUGUCGUGCGUGGCGCGCGACGCAACGCCGCUGCCUGCCCCUCCGCCGCCCUCGCGAGACAAUGGCACGUGCACGGCUGCCGACGGCUUUCUCCGCCUCGGCUGCGCGAGCCAGGUGGCAAGCAACACGACGACAGCCGAGCGUGCGGGCGGCACGCUGUACGUGCACGACACCGCCGGCGGGGUGUGGCGAUGGUCAGCGAUCAUCGAUCUCGGCGACGCCGCCGUCGCGUCCGGGUUCACGCCACGCCACAAGCCGCACAUGGUCUUGCCCUCGCCGAACCACAAGUACGUCGCGGUCAGCUACACGUCGGACCAGUUCGUCCACAUCCUUUCGGCCGAGGCGAAGCAGAUGGUAGCGUGCAUCGACGCGCGCUUGGUGCCGGGUCUCGAGGGCGGGUUGAUCCACACGGGCGCGUGGUACGGCGAUGACCACUUUGUGAUGGUGGACAUGACGGGGUCCCUUUACGGCGUGCAGGGCGGCGCGCUGCACAAGUUCUUCAUAAAUUUCACGAGAAUCGAGGAGAGGGGGUCGUGCCGAUGCACGAACAACGGUGCGGACGAUGGGUUGACCCAUGAGGCCUCGCUCGCCAUCGGUCCGAGCGCGGUGGGCCGCGGAACAGUCGGCACGAAGCCCAUCGCGAUCGGCACAAACCCCAUCGGCGCGUAUCGCAGCCUCUACUUUGUCACCGACGCGAAGGGGGCCGGCUCCAUCGUUGAUGUCACCGGCGACAUGGCCGUCGUGGCCGACCUUCCUCUGGAGGCGUUUGGCGCAUGCGAGGGCGGCGGGCUGUGGACGGAGCACCACCCGGAAGACGAGGAGGCACGCUCGUGGUACGAGUUCCUCGGCGCGUCUGGCGACAAGCAGUGCCUCUACCAGAUCAACCUAAAGGAGAAGCAAAUAACCAAGACCUAUAAUCUGCCCGCCGCCGCGAACGACGCGCACGGCAUCGCCUUCUGCAAGGCGAAUUCGACGGGAAAGUUCUUCCUCCUCAACACCAACCGCGUCUCGGCGACGCUCGACGUGCUCGACUACCAGACCGGAGAGUUGGUCGUGGACAGCUACAACCUCAACGACCGCUUCAUGUCCGGUGACGAGCGAAUGAAGAUGCUGAUGCCCGACACGAUCUACUACCGCGCCUACGACUCGGCGCUUUACAUGGCGGCUCGCGGCCCCUCGCCCGUAUCGGCCGUCAAGCCGGAGAAUUUUAAUCCCAACGCGACGGCCGGCCUCUUCAAGCUAUCGCUCACGGACUGCAUUGAUCCGGCGUAUGGCAACGACGCCUUCCUCCUCACUGAGGCCCGCCGUGUCCCCGUCGGCUCAUCGGAUGUCCACGGCGUGCGCGGCGUCGGGCCCACCGAGGUGUGGGCGAUAGACCAGGCCGCGACGGGCUCGGUGCAGACGUACGAGAUCUUCUCCAAGUGCGCCGCAUACAACGGUGGAGUUGGUGGCGACUCGGCAGAGAUGGGCUGA